GGUAGGAUUUCAGGGUGGUGCCUGAGGCCGUUGAGCUCUUUCAUAGAUGUCAAAAUUUGGGUUUUUGGACUAUAAUGGAACAGGAUUAACAUGGAAGUGAGAGAAGAGUAACUUUGUCCCAGCAAUUAAAGGCUAUAUUCUUGUCAUGUGGAAACUGUCAUCACAGCUGUUUGAACAGUCAGGAGGACUAGACCACGAUCCUGUGCAAACGACCCUGCACGGCCUCUGGAUGCGUUGAGCACGGUGCUCUCGGUGCUUUUCCCACUGUGACCUGUGACUUGGUGUACAGGGAUUCGCACAGGUGUGUGUGAGUUUUUCCACUCCUGCGGCUAAGCCUCAGGCACACGUCUUCAAAAACUGACCUGAGCGUGUCAGGAGAAGCCAAUAUGCACCUUGUGUCCCAAUGCCGUUUACCGUGAGGACAGAGAUUCGGGGACAGAUGCCAUCACCUCCAGUCUGUCGACUCAGAAGGACACCAGGCCCCGGAUUCUGAAGUGUGGAUGGGCAUAAAGCCUCAGGGUUGAGAGUGCCCGGCUCUAAUCCCGGCACUGGGGAGGCAGAGGCAGGAGGACCUCUGUGAGUUCGAAGCCAGCCCGGUCUACAGAGCGAGUUCCAGGCCAGCUGGGGCUGCGGGGAGGCCCUGUCUCCAAAAAACAUGUUUUUUUAAAGCAGAGAGACAAGGCUGAGUUUGGAGGAAUUCCUGGCUGUCGGCACACGCAGCUGUGAACACGCAGGGCACGAAUCAUGCCCAGACACGGACAUGACACGGACAUGACACGGUCACAUGCCAGAGCACCCGGACCUUCAGGGCUUGGAACCGCACAGACAGAGCUUGGGGUGUUCGGUGCACAGCAUUGAACUGUGCGUCUCCAUUAGACAUCCGAGAACGCUCCCUGCCCAGCUUCACGGGUCGGUGCACACGGGCCGACCAGGAUGUAAGGAGACCUGGUGCUUCGGGCCACACAGGCCGUCAGAGCGAGGAGAGGAGCGGCCGGCGUCCGGCUCCGUGCCAGCGGCCAGCGGCGGGGCCGCAACAUGAAGCUCAUCCUGCUGAUGGUCGCGUCCGCUCUGCUCUGCGUUUCCUGCAGACAAAAUAAGGACAUCAUGGAAAAGAUUACGGGGAACUGGACCACUGUGUACUUGGCAUCAAGUGCUGUGGACUUGAUCAAAGAAGACGGACCCUUGAGGACCUACUUUCGUCAUAUUGGAUGCAACAAUAAAUGCAAGAUUCUCAACCUGUCUUUCUAUGUCAAGAAAGGGGGGAAAUGCAAAUUCUUCAGAAUCCCAGGAAGAAAAGGAGAUAAAAACGUUUACGAGGCAUCAUUUGAAGGAAAAAAUCGUUUCAUGAUAAAGCUGGUGACUAAGAAGAUGUUGCUGUUUUAUUACUACAACGAACAGAACAGCAACGUUGGACGUGUUGUCGGAGCUCUCGCCAGAGCCAAACAGCUGACUGAGAAGCAGAUGGAAAAAUACAUGGACUUAGUUGCAGAAAUCGGCAUCGAAGAUGAAAACGUCCAACGUGUCGUCGACACAGACACCUGUCCUCCAUAAAGACGAUACUUGGCCUUACAGUUGACAAGGACAUCGGGAAUUUUUCAAUCCCUUCUUCUGGAAACCAGGAAUCUGGAUACGAAAACGAGGCCAACUGUUUAUUCAGAUCCUACAAUCUUCUUUCCCGUGAAUUUAGGUCGCCCUGUCAGUUCUUCCUUCCGUCCCUCCCUUCCCGUUUGAUGACUGGGGUUAGUGGUUCUGCAAAUGUUUAAAUAAACUUGCGGUGUGCACGCUUGAGUCUUUGAA